AUGUAUACACAUAUGAAUGCAUGCAUGUAAGUAUAGGUAUGUAUGUUUGUGUAUAUAUGGUUGUUUUAAAAAAGAAUCUAAUAAGUUAAAUAUUCAUGCAUGAGGCACUUGGUUCAUUUCCUAGCACUUCUAACAAAUUACUCAAGAAAAUUUUCUUAGGUAAAGUAAAAUACGUUCCAGCUAUGACAAAGGAAAUAUUGGAAAAUAGAAGAUAUAUUGGCACCCCUUUCUCUGACACUGGAGGAAAUGAGGGCAGGAUAGAUACAGAGAUAAAUAAAUUUACAAGAAGAGAACAAUGUGAGGAAUAUGCUCCUGAUAGUCCUGAAAUGUCAGUUACAAAAGAGAAACAUUCAGUGGAGAGAGAAAAACAGCAUUUGAGUAGUGAUAAAAGUCGUACACUCAUUGUGAGAAUAGUUUAAUAGGACUGAGGGGGAUCAUGUGUUCUAAUAUGUACUAAAGAUUACUUAUGUGAUUGUGUCAUUUUCUUCACCUCCUGACUAUGUAAGCUAAGGAUAACACUAGUUAGAUUUAGUUGAAGUCUGAGGAUUCACAGAGACAAUGUAACAGAAACCAAUGGGGACUGAAAGGUAAUCAUCCUGGCAGAAGUGGUAGACAUCUAGAGUACAUAGGGAAGAAAGUUCAAAAAGUUCUUACAUCAGUGGUUCACAAACUUCAGCAUGAAUCAGAAUCACCUACAGAGCUUGCUAAAACACAGAUUGUUAUCUCAACUCUAGUUUUUCUCAUGCAGUAGGUUUGUGGUAGGGCCAAAGAAUUUAUGAGUUCUCUGAUGAUGACAGGGAGCUCAAGAUUUAGAAGCAUCAUUCUAUACCUUCCUUUCUUCUCUGGAUGACAGCACCACAUUUCACAACCACAGAGCUGACUCAGGAGUCACAUGCAAUUUAAUAAGCCUUCCAUAGAGAAAAUUUAGUUUAAUAUACUAACAUAACAAUUAUGCUCAUUUUUAAAAAUAGAAAAUUGUACUGGGCACAGUGGCUCAUGCCUGUAAUCCCAGGACUUUGGGAGGCUGAAGCAGAUGGAUCACGAGCUCAGGAGUUUGAGACCAGCCUGGCCAAGAUGGUGAAACCCUGUAUUUCUACUAAAAAAUACAAAAAUUAGCCGUUUGGUGGUAGGCACCUGUUAUCCCAGCUACUCGGGAGGCUAGGAUUGCUUGAACCUGGGAGGCAGAGGUUGCAGUGAGCCAAGAUGGUGCCACUGCAUUCUAGCUUGAAAAACAAAGCAAGACUCCAUCUAAAAAAAAAAAAAAAAAGAUUAGAAAACUGUUACUCAGAGAAGACAGUGACUUGUCCAAGAUCAUCCGGCCAGUAGUUGAUAGAGCGGAUCUCUGACCCAGGUUUUUUCACAUCCUCUCCUGGGUUAUUUCUAAAUGCCUUCAUACUUAACAGAGCAUCUGUGCCUAAAGAAAAAGGGAUGAAGGGUUAGCAGCACCCACCACCCUCAACCCUACUCUUUCACAUAAUUUGCUAAGCAAAGGCAAUUGCUCUUACUAGAGGACUGCAGUCCUCUCUGCCAGGGUCUGGGGCUUUUGCAGAGCUCAUUACAGUUCACCUGUCCAAAGAGGUUGUAGAGCUUGAUUUUGAUGUUCUACCUAUCCCUGCUCUUUUCAGGACCUAUGACACUGUGCUGAGUCUUGCAAUGUUUUUAAGCCCUGUCAUUUCCUUAAAUUCUUGAAGCUGUGUGGAGAGCUUCUGAAUAAGAACACAGAGCCUUUGAAUAUAUGCCCAGUAAUGGGAUUGCUGGGUCAAAUGGAAUUUCUAUGUCUAGGUCCUUGUGUACCCCAAAACCUAAAACGCAAUAAAAAAUAAAAAAAAUUUAAAAAAAAGAAGAACACAGAGCCAGUCUGUGGGCAGGUCCUGUAACUGUGCAGAGUGUAUGUGUGAUUAUUUGCAGAGAAUAUGAAUGUGUGCAAAACCUGUGUGUGAUUAUCUGUAGAGAUAUGCCCAUGUGUAGAGGCCAUUAACUGUCAUAGGACCUGUAAAUAUACGUAGACCUUGUGGUUGUUUGGAAGCUUUUAUGGACAUUCUGCUAAUGUGUUUUUAAAAAUCUGAUGCUAUUUUUCCCAUAUGGCACAGAUGAGGGCUUUGCAUAAAAUCAUGGCCCUUUUAUCUGCUAGCAACAUAGCUGCUGUGAACAACUCUGACACUCGCGUAGCAGGCUGCUUCCUCACUGGCAUCCCUGGGCUGGAGCAUCUACACGUCUUGCUAUCCAUCCCCUUCUGCAUCAUGUACAUAGCCACCCUGACAGGCAAUGGCAUCCUAAUUUGUGUCAUCCUCUCCCAAGCAAUUCUGCAUGAGCCCAUGUACGUAUUCUUAUCCAUGCUGGCCAGUGCUGAUGUCUUGCUCUCUACUGCCACCAUGCCUAAGGCCCUGGCCAAUUUCUGGCUAGGUUACAGCCACAUUUCCUUUGAUGGCUGCCUCACUCAGAUGUUCUUCAUUCACUUCCUCUUUGUGGCCGACUCUGCUGUCCUGCUGGCCAUGGCCUUUGACCGCUAUGUGGCCAUCUGCUGCCCUCUGCGAUAUGUCAUGAUCCUCACGAACGAGGUCGUUGGGAAGAUCACUGCUGCUGCCCUGAGCCGCAGCUUCAUCAUCAUGUUUCCAUCCAUCUUUCUCCUCAAGCGCCUGCACUAUUGCCGGAUCAACAUCAUUGCACACACAUUUUGUGAGCACAUGGGCAUUGCCCAUCUGUCCUGUUCUGAUAUCUCCAUCAAUGUCUGGUAUGGGCUGGCAGCUGCUCUUCUCUCCACAGGCCUGGACAUUAUCCUUAUUACUGUUUCCUACAUCCACAUCCUCCAAGCAGUCUUCCGCCUCCCUUCUAAAGACGCCCGCUCCAAGGCCCUGAGUACCUGUGGAUCCCAUGUCUGUGUCAUCCUACUCUUCUAUAUCCCUGCCCUCUUUUCUGUCUUUGCCUACAGGUUUGGUGGGAGACGCAUCCCACGCUAUGUUCAUAUCCUCCUGGCCAACCUCUAUGUUGUCAUUCCUCCUAUGCUCAAUCCCAUUAUUUACGGAGUGAGAACCAAGCAAAUACUGGAAGGGGCUAAGCAAAUGUUUUUAAAUCUUGCCAAAGGAUCUAAAUAAAUGCUUUCAACUUGGUCUCAACUUAAUCCUUUUCUAUAUCUAUCAGUUGUCAUGUAUUUAGCGUAUUCUCAUCUCUACGUCUUCCAAUUAUCCCUGUGUUAUUCUCAUCGAUCUCCCAAUUUAUUUAAAUAUGUCAUCUACUCAAACCCACCUCUGAUUUCUUUUAUCAGAAAUCUUCAGUAAAAUCUAUCUCAUCCUGUUACUCUUACUACUGAAAUGCAAUCUGAUUUCCCAUCACCUCAAGAAAAACUAGCUAAUCAGGGGAAAUGUAGGAACCUAAUUUAUUAUCUAAGUGAAACUUCUCUCUAACUGCUUGCACUGGCUUCCUAAUGUGUUCUUAAUUGCUUGUAUAUAAUUUUGACAUUUGCCAAUUCAACAUCUUUCUCAUGAUUGGAACCCUGGAGAACUGUCACAUCAAAGGAGUUAUAGUCUCAUGGGAUAAUAUUUUUCUUACCAAUUGCACAAAUUCAAGAUCAUAUAUAUGUACAUACCCAUGUUCAGAGAUACCAACAUAGCAGCAGCAUAAAUAGUGGACAUAUCCAUUUGUCAACUUUUAUCAAAUAAUUCUGAACUAACCAUUACCUGUUCUGGACAAAGUUUUCCCUGAAAUGUAGACAACUACAUAGGAUUCUUUUUCAUCCAUAUAUGCUUUGUAUUUAAAAGUUAUAUUUAUCAUUAUAAUUAGAAAUAAAAAUACCACUCAUAUAUAA